AAAAACUGAAACGAGGAAGUGUCAGUUGAAAUUUGUAUUCAUACAAAAUGUUUUCACAAAUUAAAAUAAUUGGUGUUUAUUUAUUGAUUAUCAAUGUCGUUCUGUGGAAUCGACAGUGAAUAUGAAUUAAGAACCAAUGAAAAUGAAUUGACUAACAGUGAAGAAGAAAAAAUACGCAGUGGUGACAAUGAAAUAGUGUUCUCCUUACACAAGACUGAAGUGAGGAAGUGUCAAUUGUUGGUAUAAAAAACGGUAUUCGUACAAAAUGAUUUCCCAGAUUAACGCGAUUGGUGUUUGCUUAAUUAUCAUUAAUAUCCUGUGUGGAAUCGACGGUGAAGAUGAUACAACUAGCAGAGGAGAUGAAAUAAAUAGCAGUGACAAUGAAAUACAUCCAUCUAAAUGUAAACAUUUAACAACCAACAAUGACUCCUAUAUAUUUUAUCCAGUUGAAGACAUACGAAAUGAGAGAGGGUUUUUCCUAAAAUUCAACGUAAAAGCUGAACGCGGUGUUCAUAUCAUAUUUUCUUCAACAAAUCUAACUGAAAACAGUGAUCACAAAGGUUUUGAAGUAGUUAUAAGUGGUGGCCAGCACGAUGCAAUUUCGGAGAUACGAACAACUCAAGCUUCAGAAAAAGAUACAUCACAUAUACACUAUGAAAAGAACAUGGUUUCAUAUAAAGAAUGGCAUCAAUUCUGGAUUCGAAUCACCUCAGAUGGAACAUUAAUUGAAGUUGGAAAAAAAGGCAGCAUUCCGUUUAUGUCUUCGAGAACGAAGCCUCGGUUAAUCGAGUACUAUGGAUUCGCCAGUGAUAACAAUCCCAUCAACUAUGCCUUUCUGUGCUUUGAGAGGAAUAACAUAGAUGUUUCCCAGUAUAGAACUUUAACAACCUACGAUGACGCUUACACAUUUUAUCCGAUCGAAGAAAUGAAAAAUAAUGGCACAAUUUUCCUUGAAUUCAUGGUGAAAACUGAUCAAGACGCUCACAUUAUUUUUUCUCCAACAAAUGAAACUGUGAAAAAGGAUGAGAAAAUUUUCAAAGUAAUUUUAGGUGGUCAUACGAAUAGGAUUUCAGCAAUCAAAACCUCUGAACUAGAUGAACCAGGAAGCAAACACCCCGAAGAAGAUAUAUUAUUGCCCGACGAAUGGCGUUCAUUCUGGAUUCGAAUUACACAAGAUGGAGCAUCAAUUCAAGUCGGAAAGAAUGGGAGUUCCGCUUUCAUGUCUUUGAAGACGGAGCCCAGGCCAAUCAAGUAUUAUGGAUUUGCAAGUAGUGGCAGUUUCGCUAACUGGGCGUUUCCAAGUCUCAAGAAAAAUAAUGUAGUGACAAAUGUGUGCAUUCCUUCACCAUGCGGUCCAAACAGCGAAUGUAAACAAAAAGACAACCACGCGAUAUGUUCCUGCAAGAAAAAUCAGCUAGAUUCGCCUUCAACGUGUAGAUUUGAAUGCAUUUUCAAUUCGGAAUGCCCACAAGACAAAGCCUGCAUCGGGAAAACAUGCCAAGAUCCGUGCGCUGGAAUGUGCGGCAAAAAUACAAAUACAAAAUGCGAAGUAGAAAACCAUGCGCCUAUAUGUAGCUGUAUAGCUGGAUUAACAGGAGAUCCAUCAACAGAAUGUGUUAAAGAAGAAGAUCUUCCUAAAUACAGAAGCUCAACAACCCACUUCGGAGGACACACAUAUUAUCCAAUCAGCGUUAUAAAAAAUGAUAAACAAAUUUUCAUGAAGUUCAACGUGAAAACUGAAGCAAUCCUUUACAUCACUUUUCAUUCAACAAAUCCAUUCGUAACGAACGAAUACCAAGAUUUUAUAUUGACGUUUGGUUCAAAGGAAUUAAAAACAGAAAUCAGAUCACAACCAUUAUUAUCAGCCAUGAUUUAUAAUGAAUACAAUUUACUAUCAAAUGAAGAAUGGCGUCCAUUUUGGAUUCGAAUUACCCCAGAUGGAUCAUCAAUUGAAGUAGGAAAGAAUAUUGGGAAACUCCCAUUCAUGUCUAUAAAAAAAGAUCCUCAGCCAAUCAAGUACUUUGCUUUCACUACUCUUGGCGUUUGUCACUGGAAUUUUGUAAGUUCCAAGGACACUAACAUAGAUCUUCUCCGGUACAGAACUCAUUCAUCAGGAUCCACUCAUUCCACACUUUACCCGAUUGCAGAUAUAAAUAGUGAUGAUGAAUUUUUUUUGGAAUUCAACCUCAAAGCAAAACAUUCCGCCCAAAUCAUUUUUACAGAAAAAAAUGAUCCUGAAAUAUCUGCAAGUUCUAAAAAUGAUACAAAGUAUCAGGAUCUGGAUAUUUUUUAUGUAGUCAUAGAAAAUACGCAUUUAUCAAUCCGAACAACUCCUGCCGGAGAAGAACAAGUUAGUUACCAUGAGGAAAAUCUCAUAUCAUCUGAAGAAUGGCGCAUAUUUUGGAUUCGAAUCACAACAGAUGGAUCAUCAAUUGAAGUUGGAAAAAACGGGGGACGUGCCCUGGCAUCUCUGGAAACGAAGCCUAGGAUAAUCAAAUACUUUGGUUUUUCUAGUGAUGAGGAUGGUGCUUGGUGGGCUUUUCCACCCCAGAAAGCUAAAUUUCUCGUAUUUCUAUAAUUAAUUACAAUUGGCUCUCGAACAAAGAAAUCCACAACUUCCAACCGAAUAAUUUUGCUUCCAUUGAAUCUGCUCCAAUAUUUCAAAUAUUUUCUGGAACUUCGUCAAGGAUAACAUUCUUCUGCAUCAUGUUAAUGGACAUUGGAUACGCAUUACACAACUUCUAUUCAACUUUCAGUAAAUCCAUUGGAGGAAAAAUCUUUCAGUCGUUCAAAUCUAGUUUCACGAUCCAUAAACUCACGAAAGUUAUUUAAAAAUUCAAUCAUAAUAAGCGCGCUUCUUGGUUUAAAUAAAUCAUUAAUCUAUGUGUAUAAUGUUUAUUCAUAUUUAAUUUACUUUUAAAUAAUUUAUUUAAAUUAGUUAAUACCUUAAUUAUAUUGAAAUUUUAAGAAGUACCUACCCAAUAUGAGAAUUGAUUACACUGACGAAUUUACUGAAAAACGAAUCAAUUUAUGCGCAAACAAUUCGUUUGAAAACAGAUCAACUUUGUUAAUAAACGAUAGAUAUAUAUAAUAAACCUUAUAAAAGGAAACUUGAAUUUUUGGGAGUAAGCAUAUAGUUAUCCCAGACCAUCAAAACGUAAAGAAAAGUCACUCCCCGACCCAAUUUUCAUUGCCUAUCGCAACAAAGACAGUUCCACUCGAAAAUUUUGGAAAUGGAAGCAUUGCAACCUGACGUGGAGG